UACGUAAAGUUAGGACCUCUUGAAGACAAUGUUUGGAAGAGCUUUGAGGUCGUCAGUGUUUCAGUUACAGAGAGGUCUGCUGAGAUGUGAGGGGAUGUCAGAGCAGGCCACCAACUUUCCACUCAAAGAAAAAUCUGUGAACCAGGUGACCCUGCUGGGCCGGGUGGGACAGGACCCUCAGCUCCGCGGAGGCAUCGGGACGCGCUCCGUAACCGUCUUCAGUAUGGCAACCAAUGAGAGAUGGCAGGGGGAGGAUGGUCCAAUGGAGAAGACUACUUGGCACAGAAUAGCAGUUUUCCAACCUGGUCUGAGAGAUCUGGCUCUGCAGUAUAUCAGGAAAGGACACAGAGUAUAUCUUACUGGAAAGAUAGACACAACUAUGUACGAGGGACAGAGGAUCACAAGUGUCAUUGCAGAUAGCAUCAUUUUCUUGUCCAAGGAAGGGGCCAGAGAUGACACAGAGGAACAAGAUGACAUGUAAACAAA